UUUUACGAAGAUGGCGCCGAAAGCUAAGAAGGAAGCCCCUGCCCCUCCCAAAGCCGAAGCCAAAGCAAAGGCUUUGAAGGCCAAGAAAGCGGUGCUGAAAGGCGUCCACAGUCACAAAAAAAAGAAGAUCCGCACAUCACCUACGUUCCGACGACCCAAGACUCUGCGUCUCCGAAGGCAGCCCAAAUACCCUCGAAAGAGCGCCCCCAGGAGAAACAAGCUUGAUCACUAUGCCAUCAUCAAGUUCCCCCUGACUACUGAGUCAGCCAUGAAGAAAAUAGAAGACAACAACACACUCGUGUUCAUUGUGGAUGUCAAGGCCAACAAGCACCAGAUCAAACAGGCUGUGAAGAAGCUCUAUGACAUUGAUGUAGCCAAGGUCAACACCUUAAUCAGGCCUGAUGGAGAGAAGAAGGCAUACGUUCGGCUGGCCCCUGACUAUGAUGCUUUGGAUGUUGCCAACAAAAUUGGGAUCAUCUAAACUGA